AUGAUUGCAGAAUUUGUAACGGUUUUGGGAAUUAUUCCAACUGGUUUAGUGGCUUUUUAUGUUUGGCUUUUACAAAGUCGUAAAGGUACUUUACCUAUAACAACAACAGACUGUGCAUAUGAUCGUAAUAAAUAUGGACAAAUUCUUAAUUGGGAUAAAUAUUGUUUAUACAUUCAUGGAAAUCCAACAUUAAUUUUUAGUGGUGAAUUUCAUUAUUGGCGACUUCCCGAUCGAUCAAGAUGGGAAAAUAUAUUAAAAAAAUAUCGAGCAGGAGGAUUUAAUUGUAUUAGAAUUUAUUUUCAUUGGGGAUUCCAUAAUCCUGAUGAAGGAAUUUAUAAAUUUGAUGAUAAUAGAGAUGUUGAUUAUUUAUUAAAUCUUUGUGAAAAAUUGGGACUCUACGUCCUAGCGGCUCCGGGACCUUAUAUUUGUACUGAAACACAAGCUGGAGGAUUUCCAUACUGGUUAGCUGCUAAAGAUCUUAAGAUUCGUCACAUGAAUUUCACAGGGUUUAAAAAGUAUGAUAAAAACUUUGCAGAAUAUGAAAAAGAAUGGUUUGAAGUUAUAUUACCAAUUAUAGCACGUCAUCAAAUUACUGAAAAGUCAGAUGGAUGUGUUAUUGCUCUUCAGAUUGAAAAUAAAUUAUUCGAAAAAUAUCGAAAAAUUCCAUUCGGAUUACAUGAUGAAAUGCGUUUUCUUUGUAAAGUAGCAAGGGAUUGUGGAAUUACAGUUCCUUUAUUUACAAAUGAUAAUAAUGAAUCAGGUUCUUUUGUUGCAAAACCCGAAUAUGAUAUUAACCCAUCAAAUAAUUUCUUUAAUCGAAAAUCAUUUGGAUUAGAUCUAUAUGGAUUUGAUAAAUAUCUUUUAUUUGUGCCGUCGGAUUCUUCGGUCUUAUUUUACUUUAAUAUAGAACGGGAUCCCAAAAAAUGGAAGCCUUGGGAAACCAAAGAUGUGGUAAAAGCAUUGGAUAAUAUUGAAAAAGUAGUACGAAGUUUUGGCCAUGAUGCGGCUAAGUCACCUAUAUUCAUUCCAGAACUGCAAGGUGGAUGGUAUACAUCAUAUAAAUCAGAUCAUACAUUCGAUGAUGUUUAUAAUUAUUAUGGAGAUCGUUUUACUCGAAUUGUUUAUGAUUCGGUAUUAGCACAAGGAUGUACUAUGCUAUCAAUUUAUAUGACCUAUGGUGGAACUAAUUGGGGAACACUUGGAGACAUUGAUGGAUACACUUCAUAUGAUUAUUCUGCAUGUAUAAGAGAAUUUGGUUAUAUGUCGGCUCGAUUACGAAAUUUGCGUCUUGGAUUUUUAUUUACACGAAGUUUUUCAGAUGUUUUUGCAAAGACCGAACGUGUCAAAAAAAAUCCAAAUAUUACUGCAUCAAUAAGGGGUGUUUUUAAUUUACAAAGAAGAGCCAUAAUAGAUUCGGGUGGCCAGGGAAACGCUGUUGUAUUUACUUUUCUUCGAAAUUUUUCUAAAACUAAAAAUUCACAAUUUCAACUUUUUGUUAAUUAUAUGGAAGCUCAAGGAGAUACAAGGUCAUUUGUAAUGCAAUGUUACUUAUCAUAUAAGAGCUCUUUUAUCGCUUUAGGUAAUUAUAUAACUUCAACAGGACUAAAACUUAUUUUCUCUUCAGUUCCUAUUCAUUUGAGGAUUUUACAUCCACCAAGUGAAAAUGAUACAGGAAGAGAGAUAUGGAUAGUUCCAGUUAAUAAUAUCGGAGAAUUUGCUUUUGAGGGUGAAAUCGACGUAGAUGGAAACCUUCGUUCAUCAAUAAAAAAAAUUGGUCAUUCUAUAAAUAUUGUUUCGUUUAGUGGUGGGAUUGGAUUUGCAAGAAUUAAACAUGCAGGAGAUUCAAAAGAUCUUUACAUAUUAGCUUUAGAUAGUGAUUCUCUUGGCACACUUCAUGCAGCAUUUGAUGAACCUCAUUGGGCCCAAGCAUGUAAUCGAUCAUUUACUUAUUCACCUUCAAUAGUUAGUUGGGGGACACAAAAUGUGUAUUUUGAUUUGGAAAAUAAUAUAGUGGAAACAGAAUACGGAGAAGACGAAAAAGAAAUAACUAUACUAUCUUUACGAAAGCCGUCCGACCAUAUUCGUAUAAAUUCAAAUCUGGCCUAUCCUCUUCCAUUUAUUUAUAAAAAAAAACUUGUAGUUGGAGAUAAAUCUUCAGCUGUAUAUACAACACCAGAAUUAAUUAAUUGGAGCACACGAGUUACAGAUUUUUCAGAUUUUGAAUGGCAACCAAUCGAUUUAAAGAAUGGAGGGGCUAUUGAAAAUAAUUAUACAUCAGGUCAUGUAUUAUAUCGCACACAGUUUUCAACCGUGAAAACCGAUAAUAAAAUAAAAUUAGUUGUCAAUAUGCGACACAGAUGUACUAUAUUUGUUAAUGGAAAAUUUGCUGGAGGUCAUACAACUUUUAAUAAGAAUUUAUUCUUUCCAGGAGCAAAAAAUGGGCCUGAAUUAUUUACAUCUUUAGGAGGAAACAAAUAUGAUAUUACAGCAUUCAUUAAUAAUAAUGAGGAAAAUAAUACUGUAGUAAUAUUAGUUGAUAAUUUUGGAAUUAGCCGACAGUCUGUCAUAUACAAUGAUGUAAGAAAUCCAAGAGGAUUAAUUUCGGCAAAAAUUUCUGGAUUACAACACGGAACUAAAUUUCAAUGGGAAAUUUGUGGAGUUGAUGUAAGAAAUUUAGAAAUUCCGUUUACAACAAGUGGAAUUCCCGAUGAACACGAUGAAAUAGGAUGGAUUGAAAGUAAUAUUAGUAUUAAUGAAUAUGGAGUAAAUCCAAAUGAAGGAAUUAGAUGGUGGAGGUUCAAAUUUAAACAUCCUGUUGAUUCAAAAUACAAAGAGAUUAUAAAGGUACCAUUAAGAUUAGUUUUAUUUGGAGCUUUCACUUCAUAUAUAUUUUUAAAUGGCAUUUUAAUUGGAAGAUACUAUGGUAAUGGAGAUUGUUCACAACAUGACUUUUAUUUAAUGGAUGGUUUAUUAAAUUUUAAUGAUGAAAAUCAAAUUAUAUUAAUGAUAUAUAGCUGGGAACAAGUAUUUAGUAAAGAUAUUAUAGUUGAAGUAAGAGGUUGGGAAAUUGACGAAGUAAAUAAGUCUGGUAAUGUAAUUAGAAUACCAAAAGAUGCCGAUGAUAGUGAUAAUGAUUUGAAAUCUUGGAUUAUUAUGAGAGAAAAGAUUAAGUUAUAUUAAC